AUGGCUUAUGCUCUCUUUAACUUCAUCUUUAUCUUCUUGAUAAUAUUUCUCCUCCCACUGUGCACUUUUUCUCAAAACAGUGGUAACAUAAGUGUAGGCACCUCUCUCGUUGCAACAGAGAGGUCCGCUCCAUGGCUUUCACCUUCUGGAGAUUUCGCAUUUGGGUUUCAGAAACUUCAAAACAGUGAUAUGUUUCAACUUGCUAUAUGGGUGGAGAUUGAUGCACAAAGUGGGCUGGUGCUUCGUGAUCCUCAAGGCCGCCUUCUAUGGAGUACUGACAAUAUUGUCGAUGAUGUUUCCCAUGGCAAAUUCUUUGAAGAUCCCUACACUCACAGUCAAAAGGAUUAA